AGGCUGAUUGGCCCUCGGUAGACGGUCGGUCGCGGUUGUAUCUGGGAAGGAGAGAAAAUGGCGGCGGAGCCGAGCAAGACCGAGAUUCAGACCCUAUUCAAGAGGCUCCGCGCGGUGCCGACCAACAAGGCGUGCUUCGACUGCGGCGCCAAGAACCCGAGCUGGGCCAGCAUCACGUACGGCGUGUUCCUGUGCAUCGACUGCUCUGGCGUGCACCGCUCGCUGGGCGUGCAUCUCAGCUUUAUCAGGUCCACGGAAUUGGAUUCCAACUGGAACUGGUUCCAACUGCGGUGUAUGCAGGUCGGGGGCAACGCCAACGCGACGGCUUUCUUCCGCCAGCACGGCUGUACCACUAAUGAUGCCAACAGCAAAUAUAACAGCCGGGCAGCCCAGACCUAUCGGGAGAAAAUCCGGCAACUGGGGAGUGCUGCCCUUGCCAAGUAUGGCACUGAUCUUUGGAUAGACAAUAUGAACAGUGCUCCAGGCCAUUCCCCAGAAAAGAAAGACUCAGAUUUCUUCACAGAACAUACCCAGCCUUCGGCCUGGGAUGUGCCAGCCUCCGAGCCUCAAGCCCCUGAACAACCGCCAUCCCAACCCAUGGAGAGCAGUGUCCCUGAACAGCCUAAGAAGGGCCCUACAGCUGACCUGCUCAGUACUUCUCCCAAAACUUCUCUAGAGUCCAUGUUUCUGUCAGCCCAAGGGUCUGUUCCUGCCAGAGAAUUGAAAUCCUCAAUCAUUGGCAAGAAGAAGCCAGCGGCGGCCAAGAAAGGGUUGGGCGCCAAGAAGGGGCUGGGGGCCCAGAAGGUAAGCAGCCAGAGCUUCAGUGAGAUCGAACGACAGGCCCAGGUGGCUGAGAAGCUUCGGGAGCAGCAGGUGGCCGAGGCCAAGAAGCAGGCGGAAGAGUCAGUGGUCACUUCCAUGCGCCUGGCCUACCAGGAGUUGCAGAUUGACCGCAAGAAAGAGGAAAAGAAGCUACAGAGCCUGGAGGGACAGAAGCGGGAGCAGGCGGAGCGGCUGGGCAUGGGCCUGGUGUCCCGAAGCUCCGUCUCCCACUCGGUCCUGUCAGAGAUGCAGGUGAUUGAGCAGGAAACGCCCGUGAGUGCCAAGUCCUCCCGCUCACAGCUGGAUCUCUUUGAUGACACUGGUAGCUUUGCUUCUGGCCCCCCGAAGUACAAGGAUAACCCCUUCUCCCUGGGGGAUGGCUUUGCUUCCCGAUGGGACACAGAUGUCUCAUGGAGUGUGGACAGACUGGAGGAGAAGGAGCCAGAAGUGACCAUCUCCAGUAUCCGGCCGAUCUCAGAAAGACCCACAAACCGCAGAGAGGUCGAGAGCCGGCCGUCGGCUGUGGAAUCCAACGAAGCCCGUCAGAAGUUUGCUGGAGCCAAAGCCAUCUCAUCAGACAUGUUCUUCGGGAGGGAAAUAGAUGCCGAGUAUGAAGCCCGGUCUCGGCUGCAGCAGCUCUCGGGCAGCAGUGCCAUCAGUUCUGCAGACCUCUUUGGGGAGGUGGAUGGAGCCCAUGGAGCAGGAGGGGUGUCUCUCGGGAAUGUGCUCCCUGCAGCCGACAUUGCCCAGUUCAAACAAGGAGUCAAGUCUGUGGCUGGCAAGAUGGCCGUCCUGGCCAAUGGGGUGAUGAAUUCUCUGCAGGAUCGCUAUGGCUCCUACUGACCCCGGCGGCCUGUGGCGGCAGCAGCAACAGCAAGAGAACCCGUGUUCCCUUGAGUGGGGCCUCUAGCCCCAGAGUCGUGGGGGAUGUGUGUGCGUGUGCGCCUGUUUCCGCAGGUGGCCCUGGGAAUGCAGGAUGAAGGGGAUGGUCUCACACUGACCCCUUCUCCCUCCAGCCCUUUCCUUUCAGACCCUUACCUCCUGGGUGCCAGCUCAGUGUCCCCCUUCCCCGCACUGCAGCUGCUGCUCCCCGUGACCUGCUGUGCUGGGGAGGAUUGUCUUGUGUCUCCCUCCUGCCCCCGCCACCCUGAGGAAGGGAAGGUCGGACGGCCCCGAGGCCUUUUUGAGAACGCAGGGUGGGUCCCUUUUUGCACUGGGCUCCAUGGUGAGAGGCAGGUUGGCCUGGACAGAGGCCCCAACGAGGGCCAGGCGGUGGGAGGGGAAAGACCUUACUUUGAGCUUUCCAUAAAGGGCUACAAAACUGAUCCCGUUAUCUUGAGUGCUCAGGCCCCUCCUGUGCCCAUGCCACCCCGAUUUGCACUAAUCACUUCUGCCUUUGUGGGGGGAGGCUUGGCCCUUCACAGCUCUCCCCUCCUGGGCUGGGGUGUGCCAGGGGCAGCAGUUCCUCCUGCCUCCCCCACCUCCAGCCCAGGAAGUGGCCAGGCAUGUACCAUGGCCUUUGGAAGCCACGAAGCCUCACCAUAUAGCCGUUUCUUGGUUCCCGUCCACUUUGGUGAGCUGUGGUCUGAGAGGCUGGGACAGGUGCCUCCUGGGGUCGUGUGGCUUUCCCCUAGCCUGACCAGAUGCAGGGAGUGAAGGGAGAGUCCAGGAAGGGAAAUGAGCUCUUGGGGCACCAGCUGGGCUUUUCCCCCUUGUGGGCCAGGAGGCUGCUGUUCUCUCUGGGGGUGGGGGGCUGUUCUGGGACUGGCCAUGGAGGGCCAUGGUGCUGCUUAGCGCCAUGGGACACUCCUCUUCCCGCCUUCCCCCAAAGGGACAUGACUUGCUUUAUGGACUGUUUGUAUUAUUUGGAAAAAAGUGGUGUCAAUAAAAGCCAAGCUGGGCCCCGGGCCCCUCUUUGGGCUGAACUGAA